CCUCCCCUCCAGUCUUGCACAGGCGUACCGGCUCCUCCCCUUCAGUCUUGCACAGGCGUACCGGCUCCUCCCCUUCAGUCUUGCACAGGCGUACCGGUUCCUCCCCUUCAGUCUUGCACAGGCGUAUCGACUCCUCCGCUUCAGUCUUGCACAGUCGUACCGGCUCCUCCCCUUCAGUCUUGCACAGGUGUACCGGCUCCUCCCCUUCAGUCUUGCACAGGCGUACCGGCUCCUCCCCUUCAGUCUUGCACAGGCGUACCGGCUCCUCCCCUUCAGUCUUGCACAGGCGUACCGGCUCCUCCCCUUCUGUCUUGCACAGGCGUUCCGGCUCCUCCCCUUCUGUCUUGCACAGGCGUUCCAGCUCCUCCCCUUCUGUCUUGCACAGAUGUUCCGGCUCCUCCCCUUCUGUUAUGCACAGAUGUACCGGCUCCUCCUGUCCUGGCUUCCUCUGAUGUCACUGCACACUGGGAGAUUCUCACAAUGUGCAUUAGAAGCUGCAGCCAGUCAGAUAGAGCUCCGCCU